ACCAGAUGGCGGUUUAGGAUUGCUGCUCUUCUCUCAAGGCGCGGUUCCGCUCGCACGGCCAACUUUCAAUAUUAAAAUACGCACAAUAUUAAAACGAAAAUCGAUUUUUUAGUUCGGAAGGUGAUAAUCGAUUUGGCGAUGGUCGUUAAAGGAGCUGAAGAAAGUUAACUUCAGUCCGUCCUGGAGCCGCUCCUCUCUGACCUUCCAGAUCACCCCCCCUUCCCUCCACCCAGUUUUGUCAUAUUGUACCACCUCCUUCACACCUGAAGAGACCCAUAAGAAGAAUUGCACGGGUCAUCAGUCCCCCUACUGACCAGGAUGAUCACCUCAGAGCUCCCUGUCCUACAGGACUCAUCCAAUGAGUCUGGGGCAACAGACACUGUGGGAAUAAGUAUGAGCAUAAGUGAGAUGGAAGAUCCAGAGAUGAAAGGAAAAAAGAAGAGAGGGAGACCUGGCAAACAAGCACCGACAUCCAAUAAGAAGCCACGGAAGUCGCCGACAGACAAGACUAUGAGUGUGGCCAGAGGGCGAGGGAAAGCCAACGGUGUGGCUCAACAUAACGGAGAUGGGGGAGACCCAGUCACUCUAUUUGAAGUGGUCAAAUUGGGAAAGAGUGCCAUGCAGUCAGUAGUGGAUGAGUGGAUUGAGUCAUAUAAACAGGACAGAGACUUGGCGCUGCUAGACCUGAUCAAUUUUUUCAUCCAGUGCUCAGGUUGCAAAGGCACCGUGAGGAUUGAGAUGUUCAGGAACAUGCAGAAUGCAGAGAUCAUCCGUAAGAUGACCGAGGAGUUUGAUGAGGAUAGUGGGGAUUAUCCUCUUACCAUGCCAGGACCUAUGUGGAAAAAGUUCCGUUACAACUUCUGCGAAUUUAUCAGCGUUUUGAUCCGUCAGUGUCAGUACAGCAUCAUCUAUGACGAGUACAUGAUGGACACUGUGAUCUCCCUCCUCACUGGACUGUCUGACUCUCAAGUGCGAGCCUUCAGGCACACGUCCACGUUAGCGGCAAUGAAGCUGAUGACAGCACUGGUAAAUGUAGCGCUGAACCUGAGCAUUCACCAGGACAACACCCAGAGACAGUACGAGGCUGAGAGGAACAAGAUAGCUGGCAAACGUGCCAACGAGAAGCUGGAACUGCUGCUACAGAAGAGGAAGGAGCUUCAGGAAAACCAAGAUGAAAUAGAGAACAUGAUGAACUCCAUCUUCAAGGGCAUCUUUGUGCAUCGUUACAGGGAUGCGAUUGCUGAAAUUCGGGCCAUCUGUAUUGAGGAAAUCGGAGUGUGGAUGAAGAUGUACAGCGACGCAUUUCUUAAUGAUAGUUACCUAAAAUAUGUUGGUUGGACUCUACAUGAUAGACAAGGAGAAGUGCGUCUGAAGUGCCUGAAGGCUCUGCAGAACCUGUACACAAACCGAGAACUGUUCCCCAAACUAGAGCUUUUCACUAACCGCUUCAAGGACCGAAUAGUAUCAAUGACACUGGAUAAGGAGUAUGACGUGGCUGUAGAGGCCAUUAGAUUGGUCACACUCAUUCUGCAGGGCAGUGAAGAUGCUUUGUCCAACGAGGACUGUGAGAAUGUGUACCACCUGGUGUACUCUGCUCACCGGCCGGUCGCUGUUGCUGCUGGAGAGUUUCUUCACAGAAAAUUAUUCAGUCGCCAUGACCCGCAAGCAGAAGAAGCGCUGGCUAAACGCAGAGGGAGGAGCAGUCCCAACGGGAAUCUCAUCCGUAUGCUAGUGCUGUUCUUUUUGGAGAGUGAGCUCCACGAGCAUGCAGCUUACCUUGUCGACUCUCUGUGGGAAAGCUCUCAAGAGUUGCUGAAAGACUGGGAGUGUAUGACUGAACUGCUGCUGGAGGAGCCCGUACAGGGAGAAGAGAUGUUGUCUGACAGGCAGGAGAGUGCGCUGAUCGAGCUGAUGGUUUGCACCAUCCGACAGGCAGCAGAGGCACACCCACCUGUUGGCAGAGGCACUGGCAAACGGGUGCUGACAGCAAAGGAGAGGAAGACCCAGAUAGAUGAUAAGAACAAACUGACAGAGCACUUCAUCAUGGCUUUACCCAUGCUGUUGUCCAAGUACCAGGCAGACUCGGAGAAGGUAGCCAACCUGCUGCAAAUCCCCCAGUACUUUGACCUGGACGUGUACAGCGCUGGGCGCAUGGAGAAGCACUUGGACGCCUUAUUAAAGCAGAUCCGUCUGGUUGUGGAGAAGCACAUAGAGGCCGAUGUGCUUGAGGCCUGCAGCAAGACAUAUAGCAUCCUCUGCUCUGAAGAGUACACCAUCAUGAACCGUGUGGACAUUGCCCGAUCACAGCUUAUUGACGAGAUGACCGAUCGUUUUGCACACUCGGUCGAAGAGCUGCUGCAAGAGGCUGAGGAGGCAGACGAUGACGACAUCUACAAUGUGUUAUCUACACUCAAGCGACUCACAGCCUUCCACAAUGCCCAUGAUUUGACACGAUGGGAUUUGUUUGGGAAUUGCUACCGGCUGCUGAAAGCGGGCAUCGAGCAGGGCUCCAUGCCAGAGCAGAUAGCUGUCCAAGCCCUGCAGUGCUCCCACUACUCCAUCCUGUGGCAGCUGGUCAAGAUCACAGAGGGGGUUCCCAGCAAGGAUGACCUGGUGGCUCUCAGGAGAGUGGUCAAGUCUUUCCUGGCAGUGUGUCAGCAGUGCCUGUCCAAUGUCAACACACCGGUUAAAGAGCAGGCAUUCAUGCUUCUCUGUGACCUGUUGAUGAUCUUCAGUCACCAGCUGAUUUCUGGUGGCAGAGAGGGCCUCCAGCCCCUUGUGUUCAACCCAGACAGCACCCUGCAAAAUGAGCUGCUAAACUUCGUCUUAGACCACGUCUUCAUCGACCAGGAUGAUGAGAGCCAGAGCAUGGAGGGAGAUGAGGAGGAUGAAGCCAACAAGAUCGAGGCUCUCCAUAAGAGGAGAAACCUGCUUGCAGCUUUCUGUAAACUCAUCAUCUACGACAUUGUAGACAUGCCUGCUGCUGCUGACAUCUAACACUAUAUGAAGUAUUAUAAUGACUAUGGGGACAUCAUCAAGGAGACUCUCAGUAAAACCAGACAGACGGACAAAAUCCUCUGUGCCAAGACACUCAUCCUCAGUCUGCAGCAGCUGUUCAAUGAGCUGCUGCAGGAUCAGGGUCCCAACCUGGACCGAACGUCUUCUCACGUGAGCGGCAUUAAGGAGCUCGCCCGGCGCUUUGCCCUCACCUUUGGCCUGGAUCAGAUCAAGACGAGAGAGGCUGUCGCCACGCUACACAAGGAUGGAAUAGAGUUUGCAUUUAAGUACCAGAAUCCUCGAGGACCAGAGUUUCCUCCUAUAAACUUGGCCUUCCUGGAAGUCCUGAGUGAAUUCUCCUCGAAAUUAAUCCGCCAGGACAAAAAGACAGUCCACUCGUACCUGGAGAAGUUCAUGUCAGAGUCGAUGUCAGAGCGUCGGGAGGACGUGUGGCUGCCGCUGAUUUCCUACAGAAACAGCCUGUUGACAGGAGGAGACGAGGACCACAUGUCUGUUACGUCAGGCUCAAGCAGCAAGACCGGCUCAGUCCGCAGCAAGAAGGGUCGACCGCCACUCCACAAGAAACGUAUUGAGGAGGAGAGUAGUGUAGAGGGCUCGUGGAUGAUGCGCAAUGAUACCCUACAGACACCCGGGGCACUUCAGACUCCUCAGCUCACCUCAACAGUCCUCAGAGAGAACAGACCAGCAGAGCACAUGCCUGACCCAGACUCAGAGCCAGGAUCAGAGAAUGAUUACGUACACAAUCCUCAGAUGCAGAUGCCAUGGCUCGGCCAGCAGAAGAUAGAAGAGGUGAAUAGGAAGGACCGAACAGGCAUGAACUACAUCAAGUCUCGCAGCAAUCAGGGUGUCCGGCAGACUGUGCGUGGGCUGAUGGAGGAUGACGCAGAGCCGAUCUUUGAAGAUGUGAUGAUGUCAUCGCGGGGCCAGCUGGAGGACAUGAACGAGGAGUUUGAAGACACCAUGGUGAUCGACCUGCCACCUUCAAGGAACAGACGUGAAAGAGCGGAAUUAAGACCGGACUUCUUUGACUCUGCAGCGAUGAUUGAAGACGAGUCGGGAUUCAGCAUGCCCAUGUUCUGAUCUGGAAACUGGAAAAGAUCCUAAGAUCAGGAUGCUAAUCAAGAGUAAACGGAAGAGGAAGGUUUAGCCCAGAUCACCUGCCAAUCAAGACUCGUAAGAUGAAGAAAAAAAAUCAUUUUUGAAGUACUUUUCUUUCUCUGUAAGACAUGAUGGAAGGAUGCUUUUCAAGAGGAUCUUCUGAAACUGCAGGAUCUCACCUGGAGGCGAGGAUCCGCCCUCUUCAGUCAGGCGGAUCGGAGGAUCCACAGUGUAGUCUGAACUAUUCAAGAGCCUUGUCCUGCUUGUAUUCUUCCUCCUCUUCCUCUUCAGCCUGUUGGUUUAGCACUUGUUAGCAGUACCUCUGAUGGCGCUCUGGCUGCAUAAUCCUGCAGCCGGCCGACGAGUACUCUCAGUUUUUACAGCCCUCCCCCCUCGCCUCCCCCCCGUUACACACAUGUACAGUUGUUUGCUUCGGCUCCCAGUCUGCAGCGUAACACUCUGUACUGCCCCCACCCCCCUCUUUUGGUGUUGCACUUCACCCCAUCUUAAAUCCAACUAAAUGUUCUAUAUCUUUGCUCUUAAUACCACCCACUGCCCCGUCUCCUCUCUCUGCCAUCUCUGAGUCGUUGUAUGUGUUGGUGCUGGUGCGUGAUAUGCGUGUGAAGUGUUGGUGGUGACCUCGGUUAGGCAGUGGAAUGUGCACACAGAGGUCAACAGCUGUACACCGACCUGUAGGACGUGAUGUAGCUGCCGUGUGUGCAUGUGGUGUCAAAGCAAAGAGAGAGCGGUGUUAUUUAACAGUGAAGAUGCACAUCUGACCGAGUACGGAGAGAAUCCACACCUCCUCAAAUCUUCUGCACACACAACCCUCCAACCCCUAAAUAACGGCUUUUUGAACUAAUUAAAAAAAAAGUUUAAAAAAAAAAGACAGUAAACAUAUUUUCAAUUCUGUAGCUUUAGUACUAAAGUUUUAAAUCAAGUGUGUUUUUGUUUUUGUCUGAUGUUUGUACAGCUUUUUCUUGAAUAUGUACCUUGUUUGUUGCCAAAUUGUGGCCUACAUACUAAAAAGUAUAUUCUAGCCCCUCCCCUCCACACCUGUAAGUCAUAUCCAACAGAUACCGAUGAUACCAGCUUCCACGCGCUGUAGGUCUGAUUGCAAUCGUUUCGCAGUUCAGUAUUACGACAGGUUAUCUCUUCAGUUUGUUCAUUUUACAGGUGAAAACAUUUUGCUACCUGCAGUCAGUGUUAACAGAUUCAGAAGAUGGAAGAUUUGUUGUUCAUAUCCAGUGCAGUGAUGGAUCUUUAUGUGUGACAGAUUUGUUUGAAUGUGUUUUGAAUGUGUUCAGCCAUGCCUCCCCCCCCCCCCAGUUCAAUAUUUACAACCUUUAUUCACUGGCUGGUUUGCAGUCCUGUAAAAAUCAAAGACAAUUGGAUCUUUUCUGCAGUGCAGUUGACAUCAUUUGCCCCAAAAUACUGUAAAAGCCUGUUUGUUUUGUUUUUUUCUGUGAACCUAAAUUCUUUUUAAUAAAAUAAAAUCUGUAAUCAA